AUGGAUGUAUUCACGAACAUAACAUUUUCGACUAUGUCUGUUAUUGUAGUAGGAGCAGCCACACUUUUCCUUCUGGCAACAAUUCUACUAAAACAACAUAGAUAUUACAGGAGCCAUCUCCCUCCAGGCCCAGAGCUAUUCCUCUGCCCCGUUUUAGUGAUCAGUUCUUCUGAGUUAGCCAAAGAAUGUUUUACAGUAAAUGAUAGGUCUUUUGCUUCUCGCCCUCAGCUUGCACAAGCCCAGCUCUUGGGUUACAAUUAUUCUAUGCUGGGUUGGGCUCCUUAUGGCCCCUACUGGCGAAAUGCUAGAAACAUUUAUAGUAUUGUUAAGAUGAGAAAUGUUUUGUCCAACUUGAGUUUUAAAAUUCCGGUAACUAUGAUCAUAAAUGAAAGGUAUUUUGGAGAGGAAUUGGGGAUUUCGGGAGAUUUAGUGACCCGUUUGAUUAAAGAGUCCUUCGUGCUUCAAGGAGUAGUUAAUAUUGGGGAUUAUAUUCCCUGGUUGAAGUGGCUUGAUUUGCAGGGUUAUGAGAAGGCUAUGAAGAAGGUACAUUCAAAAUUAGACUUGUAUAUGCAGAAAAUUGUGGUGAAGCACAGGGAGAAAGGAUCAAAAGAUGGUGGAGAGAUGGACGAUUUUAUUGAUGUGAUGAUCUCACAGGCAGAGGAGAAUGGUGAAGCAAUACCUGAUAAAGAUGUAUUUAUUAAGGCAAUUGCUAUUGAAAUGGUAAGUUCAGGGACUGAUUCAGUCUCAAUUUCCCUGGAGUGGGCAUUGUCAUUGCUAUUGCAACAUCCCCGUGUAAUGAAGAAGGCACAAGAGGAACUUGAUUCUAAAGUUGGACGGAUGAGACUGGUGGAGAACUCAGAUAUACCCCAAUUAACAUACCUGCAAGCAAAUCUGAAAGAGACUAUGCGUCUUUACCCACCAGGGCCUAUACUGGGGCCACACAAAUCUAUUGAGGCUUGCAUGGUUGGAGGCUAUCAUAUUCCUGCAAGAACAAUUCUGAUGGUAAAUGCAUGGGCAAUUCAUAGGUACCCAAAACUGUGGAACAAGCCAUUGGAAUUUAUACCAGAGCGCUUUAUAGAGAAGGAAGUAGAGUUAGACAUGUAUAUGAGAGGGAAUGACUUUGAGAUGGCUCCAUUUGGGGCAGGAAGAAGAGGAUGUCCUGGUGCUUCUUUGGCAAUUUGUAUGGUGCAAACAACUCUUGCAAGAGUUAUCGUGCAAACUUUUGAAAUGGAACUGGGAGGGAGUCUGUUGAGCGGGAAAGAUGUUGGGGCUCGAACAGGAAUCUCUGCGCACAGGCUGCAUGCUUCAGACAAAUCUGCGGGUGAUAUUGAGGAUGGGGAUUGCAACACGGACGGGGACCCUCAUCCUGUGGACCCUCCUUUUGAUCCUGGGGAAGGCCAGUUUUCACAGGUCCUUGGGUCUUGUGGAAAAUGUUCUUCUUCAAGGGGAAUCUGA